GAUACCAUGCUGCUCGUCAGUGUUUUAAGCGCCACGGCCCUUGUGACGGUAAUGGGCCGAACUUCAGGAACGGAUGCAGACGCGCAAAGGAGGAAGCAGCUUGCAGACUUGCAGCUGAACGUAACAGGCUACCUGUCAAAUGUAUUAGACAAUGAUCUACGCAUGCGCGUGGGAGCAGCAAUUCUUGCAGAAAACUACGCGAAGAAUCCAAAUGCAUGGUUGGGUUCGGAUGGCAAAGCGCCGUGCCCCUCGUUCCUGCGUUCCUGUCCACCCAGUAAGUACCGCAGAGUGGACGGCGCCUGCAACAACGUGCGUCACCCCGAAUGGGGUACCGUCGGAGCCCCUUUCAAGCGUCUCCUACGUCCAGUCUACAGCGACGGGGUAGGUGCCCAGAGAGAGUCACAACAUCUUCCCUCACCAGCCAAUGUAAUCACAGAGCUGAGCAGCUUGCAGACUCAGCCCCAUGAAGAUGUGACUAGCUUCCUAGGGUUGUGGGGACAAAUGGUACUGAAAGACCUGGCCUCUACAGUGAACUCAGGUGCAAGAAGAGUCUGGAAGUGUCGCAUCCCAGAAGAAUGUUCUGUGAACUGCUGCAGGUACCAGCAUGCUGAGUGCACUUCUGUCAGAAGUGCCAACACCUGCCACAGCUAUAUGCGUUCUGUCCCUGCACUGUCACAGGAAUGCCAGUUUGAACAUCGGGAGCAGAUGAAUGUGGCAACAGCAUUUCUUGAUGCAUCUGAUAUCUACGGGAGUACACAAGUCAGUAUGGAGUUAUUACGCACGCUGGACAGAGGGCAAGUCACACUAGAUGCAUGCACAGUGUGUCAUGAGGCGUCCGGUCUCGGAGCUCUGUAUUCUACGUUGCUGAGGGAACACAAUCGGGUGGCAACAGGAUUGGCAGCACUGAACCAACAUUGGGAUGAUGAAACUCUUUUCCAAGAAGCACGCCAUAUCGUCACAGCGCAGAUACAGCAUAUAACAUACAAUGAAUUCCUCCCAACAGUGCUUGGAGAGGUCAUCACAGAGAUGCCAGGACUGAAAUUAAAGGACCAAGGUUAUUACACGGGGUACUCAAGUUCAAACCAAGCAGGUACAUUUAAUGCUGUUGCUGUGACAGCACUGCAAGUGUUUCUCUCCAUGAUUCCACCUGCGCUGUUACAGAGUGGCAGCAUGAACACGACCGAGUACUUGCAGAUGGUGCAGUUGGCACUAAGUACCCCAGCAAAACAGCCCAGUCUCCAUACGCCACCAGCAAUCAAAGACGGAUUGGACAGAGGAACACUGCUUGUUCACAUGGGUCGUGAUCAUGGUCUCGCAGGCUACUUACAGUGGCUGCAUUAUUGCAACCACAACCUCACACAACCACUCUCUCCCAGUCUGGCAAAUUUACUGCAUAGAAUUUACAUCAAUAAGGAGGACAUUGAUCUGAUUGUGGGAGGACUUAUGGAGACCCCAGAUUAUGGUGUGGUACUUGGACCAACAUUCACCUGCCUCUUGGCAGAGCAGUUCAUCACUGUUCGCAACAGCGACAGGUUCUGGUAUGAAAAUGACAUCCCUCCGUCUUCAUUCACACCGGAACAACUGGCAGAACUACGCAAGGUGACAGUCGCUGGAUUAUUGUGCAGCAACGUGCCUAAUCUGGAAGAAGUCCAGUCCCAGGCGUUUGUGCAACAGGACUCAUAUCUCAAUGUUCGGAUUGCCUGCGCACUGCAGCCAACCUUCAGUUUGUCCCCAUGGCUGGAGAAGGACACACCAAUGAAAAUAUCUAAUGAGAUGUUGAGUCAAGCAGUGGAGAAGGCUGAAGCUGAUGUUAAGUUACGGAAACAACGAGAAUACCAACUGUGGGCCAAAAAUGGAGGUGUUGAUCCAAAGUCACCCAUUGGAACUGCCGCUGCAUUCAGCAAGGCAAACAAGCAAGCACUCAUGCUUGCCAAUACAUCCAUACUACUCGAGUACACCUCGCAAGAGCUUAUGAACUCUCUUAAUAUGGUCAGAGAUCAGAGAGCAAAAAGACAAGCAUUUGAUACAGGCAGAGAUAAUAUUCUCAACUUCCCAAUCGAUUCCCUGAAUGAUGACUUCAAUGACGGCCUACAGAAUGUGGACAUCACUUCUUUCAUACCAGCUCCACUCACUUCGCCUGACUGUGAUUCUCCUGAUGACAAGGGACCUUGUGAUGCGCAAUCACAGUUCCGAACUAUCACAGGCCGAUGCAAUAACUUGAGGAAGCCGAAUUUGGGGAAGUCUAUCUCCACUUUUUCUCGACUCCUACCACCAGCAUAUGAAGACAAUGUGAAUCGACCACGUUUGAACUCUGUGACUGGAAGUCCCUUGCCAUCUCCAAGGCUGGUGUCUACGAUGAUCCAUGCGGAUAUCAGCAACCUUCACAACAGAUACAGUCUCAUGCUGAUGCAGUAUGCACAGUUUCUUGACCAUGACAUUACUUUUACACCCGUGCAAAUAGGAUUCUUUGCCUCCAUUCCGGAUUGUCGCGCCUGUGAUUCACCUCGUACAGUUCACCCUGAGUGCAUGCCAAUUCCUGUGCCCCGUGGAGACCAUCACUAUCCUCAAGUGAACCGCUCAACAGGGGAGAGAUUGUGCUUCUCAUUCAUGAGAUCGCUUCCAGGACAGCAGCAUCUCGGUGCACGGGAACAGAUCAACCAGAACUCUGCCUACCUCGAUACAUCUCAAGUUUAUGGUGAGCACUCCUGCAUGGCUCGAGACCUACGGAGCUAUGGGGGACGCCUCAAUGUAACACGACACCCCAUCAAAGGGAAAGACUUGUUACCUCAGUCUCCGGUCCAUCCAGAGUGUAAGGCUCCUUCAGGGUACUGCUUCAUAGCAGGAGAUGGUCGGGCCAGCGAACAGCCAGCUCUCACCGCGAUCCACACACUGUUCAUGCGUGAACACAACCGCCUCGUAGAUGGUCUACAUGUGGUGAACCCCCACUGGGACGAUGAGCUCCUCUACCAACAUGGCCGUCGCAUUGUAACAGCUGUAGCACAACACAUUACAUACAAUGAAUUUCUACCUCGUAUCUUGGGUUGGAAUGCCAUCAACUUGUACGAAUUGAAACUAAGACCACAGGGAUAUUACAGGGGAUAUAACCCAACAUGCAACCCCAGCAUUGUCAACGAGUUUGCAGCAGCAGCAUUCAGAAUUGGACACAGCUUGCUACGUCCACACAUCCCACGUCUAAGCCCAACAUAUCAGGUGGUUGAUCCCCCCAUACUUCUUCGAGAUGGUUUCUUCAACCCUGAUAUGAUUUACCAGGUCCAUAUGAUUGACGAGAUAGUACGAGGUCUGGUAUCCACACCCAUGGAGAAUAUGGAUCAGUUUGUGACUGGGGAGAUCACAAAUCAUCUAUUUGAGGAUCGCCACAUUCCACACUCAGGGGUUGAUCUCAUUGCACUCAACAUUCAGAGAGGUCGUGACCAUGCAAUUCGAUCUUACAAUGAUUACCGUGCACUCUGCAACCUGAAACGAGCAAGCAGUUUUGAAGAUCUGUCUCGUGAGAUUCCUCCUGAAGUGAUAUCUCGCCUGAAGCGAAUAUAUGCAACAGUGGAUGACAUAGACUUAUUCCCUGGUGGCAUGAGUGAACGUCCACUUCAGGGAGGCCUUGUUGGGCCAACCUUCGCAUGCAUCAUUGGCAUCCAGUUCAGACAGCUCAGGAAGUGUGAUCGAUUCUGGUAUGAAAAUGAAGGCCAAGCUCUCCGGUUCACAGAGGCACAGUUGGCCGAGAUACGCAAGGUGACACUGUCAAAGAUUUUGUGUGAGAACAUGGACAUCCAGUCUGACAUGCAGCGCUCUGUGUUUGAUCAGCCCAGCAAUUUUCUGAAUCCUAGAGUGGCAUGCCAUUCAAUGCCUCAUGUUGACCUCACCAAGUGGAAAGAGACUCCACAAGGCUGUCAGAUUGGAGGCCGUUCUGUAGCUGUUGGAGAUUCGGGAUUCCCUACACCUUGUACUAGCUGCAUUUGCACUACAGAAGGGGCACAAUGUGCAUCACUGCGCAUCACUGACUGUGGCCAGCUCCUGCGUGAGGCAAGUCGUGAUGCCAUCUUACGGGACGACAUAUGCACAGCGCAGUGUGGCUUCUUGCUGCAGGAUGGUUCAGCUGUACCAUCGGUUCAAGACAGUGUAGACAUUGUGUUCACAACAACGGUACCGCCACCCAUCUCACUGCGCUCUCAAUCCCGCAACUUGCCAACUGCACUAGUGCCACCAUUGCCAGCGCUGCAAACAUCACCACGCAGAUCUCAGAGAACACAGUUAGCAAAUACAUUUGGAGGAGGUUUCGAACAAUUACCUGAUCUCUCACGCUUUCUCGGCUGAACAGUUGUUGCACAUAAUAUUAUGCACUGGGGAGAAUCCCAUAUUGUUACCAUAUCUUAAGGGGGAAGGCCCUCAAAAGAGGACUAAAGGUACACACACAAGUGUCAGCUGUGGUAACACUGCUCAGUCAGUCCACUGUGGUUCAGUUAAUGUAAAGCUGUGGCUAACAUUUUCCAGUCCAAGUGUAUACAAAUGAUUCUGAAAGAAGGUACUAAAUCUCUGGGUAUAUUAAUCAAAUGACUUUGAGCACAAAAAUCCCAUUUAAUGUGGGAUCAAUUUGAAAAAUAUUUAAGAAGACGAAAAUUUUGAUGUGAGAUAGACACAAACCACAAAUAAGAAUAUACAUUUCUUAUUAAAUUCAAUGUAAAAAUAAAAUGUUUUGGAUUUGAUGUUAUCACAGCAGUGACUAUGAAGACUUUUACCUGCUGUGAGAUAAUGCCGUGUAGUCUGAUGGAGGUCAGCCGACAUUUUGGAGUUACAUAUUGCCCCCAUCUUCAGUGUUAAAGAGUAAACAAAGCAAGGAACCAGAAUGAAGCAGGUAGCACAGGAUCUACUUCAUGCCUGCUUCAUAUAUGUUUCUUGAUUGGCUUACUCUCUUGAUGUGGCAUGCGGUAGCAUGGUUGAGUCACUAAGCUACAAACCUGAAGGUUGCAGGUUCAAGUUCCGAUGAGGUGUUUCUUUUUCUCUCUCUCUUCCCCAGCAGCAC